UUUCUUUCGGGGUGGGUGCUCCAAAAAGGGCGGGUUUAGACCAUUGCAGGGGCAAGCAAUGGACGACCGCCGUGAUGAUGGCGAGAAUGCAGUGCCAAGUGACAUUUCCAUUUUGGCCGAUCUACUUCAAAUCUUGGGGCCGUACCAGAGCCAAGGGCUACCUCUGACGGAGCUCCAUGACAAGUUGCCUGCCCACUUGGCCCACCUGGCGGGAAGCAUCGAUGUCACACGCAACUGGCUCCAGCGCUAUCCGCAGAUCAUCCAGCUUACAGGGCCCAAGGGCGAGGAGCGGGUGGUGUUGGCCCUGGCUAAGGCUGCUUCCCCCAGCUCCAACCAGGACAAGCCCGAGAAGCCACCGCAGCCAGCCCCUGGCGCAUCGGUGCAGCCCGUGCCACUGGCCCCAACUACUGGAGGUAUAAACAAUGCCAAUGCUCGAGUGGAAAAGGACAAUGGCAAUGCAAUUAUGGGGGAUGAGGACAAUUCAAAUCCCUGCUCCGUGCAGUUGAGGGGGCUCCCAUUCAGAGCUAGCAUCGAGGAUGUCAAGGGCUUCCUUGGAGACCAUGCGAAAUACCUGAAUCCUGAGAAGAAACUAAACAUUUGCCUUCUCUCAAAUCGCGAUGGGAGGCCUUCAGGCUUUGCUCGCAUCUUCUUUGUGAGUCCACAGGCUGCAUACAAAUGCAAAGAUGCCUUGCACAGGAAGCAGAUGGGAGACCGUUACGUUGAGGUCUUGGCCACAGAUCGUGGGAAGGGCCGGAAGAAAUUGACCAUCGACGAGAAAGAACCGGUGCCACAGGCACCACUUGAUGCUGCAACAGAGCAAGCAGAGAACGAAAGGGUCUUGAGCGAAUGUCGAGAACAUCUGAGCGCACCAGGCAGAAGUCAAACUUUGCUCAGCAUGCUUGGGAUAGCCUUGACAGAUCCAGCACGCAACUACCUCCGCCGUGCCAAUCUGGGGUUGAAGCAUUUCUUGGCCCGCUUCCCAAAUGAAUUCCGGGUUGAAGGGCCAAAGGGAUGUGAGAAGGUCAUUUGGCAAAAUCCUGAUGGUUUGAUCUACGGCCUUCAAGAUGGGACCGUGACUGAAGAGGAACCAUCAACUCCCAAUACCAGGCUGAUGUCACCGACCCGGCCUCCGCCUUCUGGAAGUCACUUCAUUGCAACGCCGAGUGAUUGGGGCACUCCGCAGGUGAACUCCGGAGCCAUGGGGAUGGACUUUCAGUUUGGUGAGGGUUGGCCGCCCUACAGCUUUCCACCCUGGACUUCGCAAUGGAUGCCCUGGAUGGAGAAUGGACCCACCGCAGUGAGUUCAAAGCAGAAGAAGAUCAACAAACCUCCACCUGCUGAGGGCGUUCCAAUGUCCAGAAGCCAUGCCCACUUGCAUCCCCAGAGCCACCCUUUCGCAGAAGAAAGCGAUGCAAAGGAUGCAGGUGAAGCUGUCGUAGACAAGAGUGCUGUGGCUGCACUGCGCUUGAGAGGUUUGCCUUUCAGCGUCACUGUGCAGGAUGUUCUGACCUUCUUUGCCCAGCACAAUGUGGCCGACACUAUCCAUGACGGGCCCAAUUCUGCCAAGUUGCUUCCCAAAGCCAAUGGCAGGCCCUCAGGGCAGGCUGUAGUCCAGAUGCGAAGCCGAAGGGAUGCCGAAGUCGCACGGAAGGCGUUGAACCAUCAAUAUGUUGGAGGUCGAUACAUCGAGGUCUUCGUCUACGGCAAUGAGGAUGACAAGGAUGAUCUUGGCCCAGCACCUGAGGCGACCUGGUCUGAGUGGUCCAACAGCUACGCCAACGCAGCACCAUGGCAGUGGGGGAACACAACUUCAUACCAGCAGAAUGAAGAGGCCAAGGAUGGAAGCUGGGAUGCUCUCAUCAUGCAUGCCAUGUUGCCGCUGCCGCAAUCAGUGCCUUCGCCCUUUCCAAUCUCUGAGGGUUCUUCAAAACCCACCUUGCAAAUCUAGAGACCGGAAUGAGACCGGACUGUUCCCGGAGCCCAGCGCCAUUGCCGACACUGAUACAUACCAUUAUUUGUAAGUUAC